AGGGCUCGGGCGGUGGUUGAUUGCAGGCCGCAAAUUGGGCGUGCUGCCGUCGCGCUCGGAGAACCACUGCCAGGCUACUCCACUGUACUAGUAGGAAUGCGCGGUGCUCAGGCAACGGGGCUUCUGCACGCAGCAGACUGUGACUGGGAAUGGGAGGGAGGAGAGGAGCAGAGCAAGUGAACGUCCCCGCUGCCGGGCGGCGCGCUCUUAUGAAGCACCACCAACACCAUAGCAUCAUCGCGCCAGUGCCCUCUGGCCAUGGCCGUCCGGUCUGCGGGGACGAACGGCUGUGCGGUCGUGGGCUUUGUUUGGCUCCACACAGGUCGACACUUGGCGGUUCUCGGUCAUGGCAUCAAUCCGCUUGUCCGGGCUGGCUCCUCGAGAGCCGCGGGACUCGAGCAGCGAACCGCAUAUCUGCGCCUCGCACCCCUUUGGUCGUAGCCGCUGUAAGAUUUGGCGCGUCUCGUGCCACCGCUGCUGCAGACGCGCCGUGGAGCGCUCCAUGUGUUUGCAUCUGCUCGGAGGCCUCCAGCUCAGCAUCGCUGUCGGCUUGUUCAAGUAGCUACCUCCUAGUGCCCGCAAGCGGUGCAUGCUCCAGGUGCACCUCUCCAGCUCGCACCGACCCCACGGCCCGAUAGCGUGCUGCCGCUGUGCUGCCACUGUACUGUUACUCGCACAGGGCCGCUGACGAAUCGCCCGGGCCUGGGGAACUUCUCCCAUCCCAUCAACCUGGCGGCCCGAGGCGCUGGGCAAACUGUAGCCGAAAUAGCGCACACCACACACCACCACGCUGCCCUGCAGCCGUACCCAAGCCUAGCCUGAGUAUCCCUGAGUAUCCGCCAGGCUGGCUUCCGACAUCGCCCUGCUGUGUAUUUGACAUCCUGGGGCCCCGG